ACACACACACACACACACCUUAAACCAAAAGUCGGCCUGCAGUGGCUGAGUUUUGCCCUCGAGGUGCGCCAGAUUUAUCAGUCGCACGCUUCAAGACUCCACUUCCUGCGCGUGGAUGUAAUUCAUAUUAAGCAAGAGGUUUCAUGUCAAGUGCAUGGAAUUAACUUGAAAGUGACUAAAUUCGUGUGCAACUGACAGUUCAGCCGCAGUUUAAUUGUUAAGUUUCGUCACUGGUGGAUAUUUAACAUCUGGAGUAUUAUAAAUUGCAUUGAUAUUUCUUGCCCUGCCGCUCGGAAACUCUUGACUCGUUCACUCAGCGCGCUGUUUUGGGGCUUUGGGCCGCAUGGACCGGAUGAGUUCGCAGCGUUAGGAGAUUGUUUGUUUGCGCGCGGCUCCAGUGACCGGUGAUGGCGGAGAUGGGCGCGCUGCUGCAGGGCGCGGAGGGCGCAGGGGCCACCAGCUCGGUCCUCUUCCUGCCGCCGCUCGCUGAGACUCUCGCGCUGCUCGGAGACCAACGAUUUCCAGCCGAGCGCCUGUCCCUCAGCACACCGGCCGAACUGGUGCACUUAAAGGGCAUCCUGAGAAGGAGACAGCUUUACUGCAGAACCGGGUUCCACCUGGAAAUCCUACCGGACGGCACAGUGCAGGGCACCAGGAAAGACCACAGCCGCUUCGGUAUUUUGGAAUUCAUAAGCCUUGCAGUUGGAUUAAUCAGCAUCCGAGGAGUGGACAGUGGCCUCUACCUGGGAAUGAAUGACAAGGGGGAACUCUAUGGCUCUGACAAACUGACAGCUGAGUGUGUCUUCCGGGAACAGUUUGAAGAAAACUGGUACAACACAUAUUCUUCCAACCUCUACAAACACGGAGAGAAAGGGGCACGCUACUAUGUGGCACUCAACAAGGAUGGAACACCACGGGAUGGGACAAAAUCAAGACGACAUCAGAAGUUCACACACUUUCUCCCCAGGCCAGUAGACCCUGAUAAAGUACCUGAACUUUACAAAGAAUUUUUAGGACACAGCUGAGACCAGCAGCUUGAUGUCUGAAGAGGAAUAGGCCUAUUAAGCCCUGUUCUAAUCAUAAAGGAACAGGGGAAAUGGAUGGGUGUCUAGUGGCCCGGGUACACCUGCCAGUGCCACAAAGAGGACAUGGGCUCUUGCUUCAGGAAGCAUAGGCCAGAAAUGAUGGUGAAGUGCUUAAUCCUGGUCAUUUUCCUAAGUUCUGUGAGCUACAGAAAGUGUCCCAGAGUCCAUGGGUCGAACAGAACCUAUUUAGCAUUUAGCUGCUGAAGAGUAAGAAGAGAAAAUGUCGUCUGAUGCUGGAAAGGACAUUUAUAUGACAAGGUUUUUUUUUGUUUCAUGCUUUUUUUUAUUGACUGGCUUUGGAGAAAACUGAAGGAACGUGUGAUGCGCUGAAACGUCAAGAUCGAAAGCUGUGGAGAACAGAACACAUAAGCAGGAUAUUAUUUAUACAGUUCACACUACAUAUAUUUAUUUUAUGUAUUUAUUUAUUUGAUAAUAUAUAUUUUUACAUCUAAAUGUAGACUUAUCUAAUUAGAUACACUUAGAAGGUGCCUUAAGCUAGCAUGAAAUCAGAUGUGUUCAUAUGAUGGAAGUGCAAAAUAUUACUUUUAUAUUGUCACUAUAAUAUAAUAAGUACACUUGUGGUUUUCCUUUUCAGAAAUAUCUAAAACGGUUGUUAUUUCUAUAUAUAUUUCAAGAAGGUCCAAAAACAAUUUCGUGUCAGUGUCAGAAUAGCAAACCAAAUGAUUGCUGGAUCCCUUUUUUUGUUUGUUUGCUUUUUAAGAUUGUUUUCCCCCAGAAUUAUGUCAUUGAUAUAUCGC